AAUCAGAUUUAUACCCUUGUGUGAAGUUUUUGUUGAAUUUGUCGAACAUGUUUCUUACCAAUUUAAUUAUAGUUAAUAUUGGAUUAGAUGGGGAUAUUACCCACGAGAUACCGUAUCUAGCUAGUUGUUGAAGGCUCUAUCUUCUUUCAACAUGUUCUGUAAUUGAAUCCUUGUUUUAUAAAGCCUGUCUUCUCAAAAAAUUAUGGUACUGAGUCUACUGGCUACUGAUGUAGCUGAUUCCCCAUUAUUAAAUUCUUAGAGAGCUCUUAAGCGCAUUUCACGGUAAUUGGCAAAAAGUACUGUAGUGAUGCCAUCAUCAAUCCUUGCUGAGGAAAUGGAGAACGAUAUUUCAUCGGAAGUAAUUACGCUACGUCCUUAUAAGGAAUCCGAUGCUGAUGAUUUCUUGGGCUAUGCAGGUGAUGAUCAAGUGACUCGAUUCACCCGGUGGAACACUUUCAGCUGCAAGGAAGAAGCCCUCGUUUACAUCAAGGACUUCUGCAUUCCUCAUCCAUACUGCAGGUCUAUAUGUGUAAAUGAUCGUUCAAUUGGAUUUGUGUUUAUCAGACAAGAAUCUGGAGAUGAAAAAUGCAGGGCAGAACUCGGAUAUGCUAUGGCCGCUAAGUAUUGGGGGCAAGGUGUGACAACUAGAGCGUUGAAGUUAGCAAUCUCUGAUGGGCUCAGAUCAUUUCCUGAUUUGGUCAGGCUUCAAGCUAGGGUUGAUGUGGAGAACAAAGCCUCUCAAAGGGUUUUGGAAAAACUGGGUUUCCUCAAGGAAGGGCUGCUGCGAAAGUAUAUGUAUAUCAAAGCAAAGGGACCAAACGGGAUGAGCAAAGGGAGAUAACCAAUCCCAGCACUGUCAUUUAAUUUUUAGAGACGGCACCUAACGCCACCGCGAGGGCCAUGGUUUUGUUAUUUAAUUAAUCGAAGCACAAAUACCUUCCCGGCCGUUCUCACUGUUUGUAUUAAUCCCAAUUUGUUCUGUUUAUAAAGCUAAUUUGACCUCAUCCUAGUUCCUUCGAGGAAAUAUCAUAAGCCCGUUUCUGAGCUCAA